ACCCACAGCAGCGGUCUAUGCGGCUCCAUAUUGGAUCUGCCUUUCUUAGAAAUACGCUGCCUGGAGGUUUGCCUGCGCAUAUUGUUUAACGCUCGGUCAAGCAGCCGGCUCCGCUGCCCGGGCUCAGGUAUGAGGGAUGCGGCCGACAAACCGAGCUGUUACGAACAAAUGUUGUUCCGAGCUUUGAUCGAUUCACCGGCGUCAUUACCUUAAUGUGUAACGGGGCUGAGAAAUUAGGUUAGAGGCGCACCUGAGCAAGGAGCGAAAAGUGGCAUGCAGGCUGUGGAAGAAAUAAUUGGAUUGAGAUAACACCAAACCGGAGGCAGUAAGUACAAUUUCUUUCAUUAUUUUGUCAACGUGUGUAGCUUAAUAUUUUAUAUAAAAAAUCAACAACAACAAAUAUAUAAACCAAACCAAACCAAACCAAACCAAUAAUCAGUAACUCGAGUGGUAGUGUGAGAAACUACUUACCUGGCGUGAAUGUUUAACGCUGGGGCACAUGCUGCUUCUCAGAUUCACAUGCUUCAAAAAGUCACCUGACCCGGUACACCAACAGUACACCAACAGACAACUUACUGCGCAAGAGCCCCUCACGCGAGGAGGAAAAAAGUCUAAUGUUUCGUCCAGUCUUAAGAUGCCUCAUUUCCUCUUGUGGUGGAGUAAGUCUGCCGACACAUGAACUCGUAUAUGACAUGUUUUCCCCGUGCCUUGUCUGCGACCUACUUCCUCACUGUCUGAAGCCCGUGUCUCACGCAGACCUGACUUUAAUUAGUUUAUUUCAUACGAAAUUGUCUGGUGGCUGUCUUUGAACCGGUUAUUUAACUUUAUCCAAUACAUUAGACACUGUCACACAAAGUAAGCAGUUUUAUGCAAUCUGUGUGUUCAGUGCAGCCUGUUCUCCACAGGUUUAAUCCAGAUCAGAGGAGGAAGUGCCCCCACCCCCAUCCCCCCCGCUUUUAUUUCUCUGGAUCUUUUUCAGCUAUAUGGGACAAAAAUGGAGGAGUUUUUUUGUUUGAUAAAUAGAGAAGAAAAGAAGAAAAAAACACUAUGCAACUCUCUAAACUUUGUCACUGUAGAAGAACAUCACUUCAACUUCUUUCCAACUUCUGAAUAAAGCUCUAAUUUAUGAUGGGUAACAACCCUACAGUUGAGAUUGUCACCACUAUCAGCAUUGUAGGGAUCAUAAAAGAAAAUAAACAUGCUGAAGAUAUGAACUAUGAAGAAAGCAUCCAAGGUUGAACCUAACACCGAGAGCUUUGAAGAAGCCCCAUGAUGUAAGUUCAACUCCUUCAGGGAGGAGCAAAACAUCCAGCAGUGUGUACUACUCCACACUAAAUCCAGUUUGGCUGACUGGUGUCACACUGUUAGUUAUGAAAGCAUUUUCAUUGCACUUUUCAGCUUUGGUUUCGUAGAUACAGUGCAGAAACACAGAAACUGAAGCAGCUCAGUGGAACAAGUUGUUUAUUGAUUUAACUUUCAGGACCUCUGAUCAGCCACUCAGAGAUGCAGAUUGAUAGAAUAGCAGUUUGGGAAAACACCAGCUUAACAGUAUUCCUACACUCUUGCAUAAAGACCAUGUCAGAUAGUUUGUAAGCCUCAUAGAGGAAAUGAAAAAGUAACUUUGGCAGGCUACAACAUUAUAGAACUACAACCUGACAGAUGUUUAAAAAUCUGGAAGUUGACAUCUUAACAACAUCUGCCAAUUUCAAGCCAGUCACUGAAUUCUUAGUAUCAGCCCAUUUGUUUACAUCAGUGGUUCUCAAGUCCAGUCCUUGAGGCCUACUGUCCUGCAUGUUUUGGAUGUUUCCCUGCUCCAACACACCUGAUUCAAAUGAUCAGCUCGUUAUUAAGCCAUUACAGAGCUUGAUAACGAGCUGAUCAUUUGAAUCAGGUGUGUUGGAGCAGGGAAACAUCCAAAACAUGCAGGACAGUGGGCCUCGAGGACUGGACUUGAGAACCACUGGUUUACAUUUUCUAGUAUCAAAAAUUUGUUUACCUGCCGAAUAAUAAAAAAUUCUUACAUGAUAAAGUAGAAGUUGUCUGAGGAAAGUUCAAUCAGCUGUACAGAAGGUUUCAUAUCCUUUCGCCUGAGCCUUUGAAGUGUUUUCGUAAAUCUGUUGUCGUUUAUCUCAUCCAGUUAGUUUUUAAGUUACACCUACAGUGAACUGCUGUUGGCCAAAUCACCGGCCAAUCAGUCCUCUUCAGCAGGCUCUGGUUGUGUGCUGAUAGAAAGUGGCUCAGGAGGACAAGUGAGCUUUAUCUUAGUUUGGUUCAGGCUUAAAGUUAUUCAGGCUAAAACAUAUUCAACCCUCCCUGAUCCAGAGAACCUGUUUAUGUCUGAUAAGAUAAACCACACACAAAUAUUUCUUGUUUGAAGAAUAAAUCCAAACUGUUAGUGGUAGUUAAGCGUACCUCACCUCAUCCGAUUUAGCACCAAACAUUAAUGUUGGUAUGGAUUUUGGGUCAGACUGUAGGCCCACUAAAAUGAAAAUAAAAACCUUGUGGACUAAGUGUAAAGUCUCUUUUGGUGGUUUCAUAUUCAGAGGGAAGGUCCAACUGUGAAACAAAAAAGACAAUGUGCAUUAAAUCAGAGAUAUUAUCAACAAUUAAAUGACAAUGACCAACAAUGGACCAAAUAUUUUCAAUAGGUUGACACUGUAACGUAAGAGGACACAACACGCGUAUCUGAAUGUUGCGGCAUUACAUUAAAUCUGGUCUAAACACACUUUAUCUGAUUUAAAAUGAACCAUGAUGUGGAAAUAAUUUAAGCCUUUAGGUACAGAUAAAAGAUUAAAGUUUUUAAUUUUGGUACAUUGGUGUCAUAUUCAGAAGGAAGGUCCAACUGUGAAACAAAAAAGACUAAUUCUGAAAAUAGUUUAUUUUUCUUUUUAAAAAAGCUUGAAUUGUGUCCUCCCUUCUUGCAAAAAUAGUUUCUCCAUGAGUUCAGUUUGGCCAGAUUCAGGAUGUCCUGUUUCAGUGUGCAGUAUGAAAUAUUCAAACUAUGUCACACAGAUAUUGCUUUUCAGUGAAGGGCUGAAAGAACCAACAAGCCAACAACAUGGGCUAAUUAUUUAUGUAUUCAUAUAUGGAAAUACAGAAAUCUAUUUUUAUUCAUCUAUUAAUUUAUUUAGAUUUUUUGGUAUUUAAUCUGAUCACAAGAACGAAAACCAUGGAAACAUAAGGUCUUAUAAGCAGUUUACUAGAUACAGGCAGUGCCAUAUGGCUUGAACCAAAACCAGUGUGGCCCCAAAAAAACACGUGUGCUAACCGUCUUAGUGAGUCAGAUCAGUUAGUGGACCGCUUAUCCGGACAUCAAAGGCCCCUGCCCUGUUCCAGUAAUAACAUGUUAUAACAAGUCUGGAUUUAGCUAAACUCUGGCUCUGUGAUUAACAUCAUUAAAACCUUACUGAAGGAAACAAGAGCUGAUGUUAUAAAGAGUCAAGUCUAAAUGUAAUUUUAAGUAUCUCUUUUUUUGUUCCCUAAGGGUAAGGGCUUGUGUUUGGAAUUUUUCAAUAAAAAGAAGUUUGGGAAAAAAUGCAGAGUUUGGCUGCAAAGAAGUGAAAGAAUUCCAGUAAUACAUACACAGGAAAUCUUUGUUUUUAUAAAAAGACUGAAAUAUGAAAUAGUAAACAGACUAUUCUUAAUUUUUUUGCAGUGAUGUUCACACUCACCGAGGUUGCUUCCUUGAAUGACAUCCAGCCGACAUACCGCAUCCUGAAGCCAUGGUGGGAUGUCUUCAUGGACUACCUAGGGCUGGUCAUGCUCAUGCUUGCCAUAUUCGCCAUGACCAUGCAGAUUACCAAGGACCAGGUGGCUUGUCUUCCCUGUCUUGAGGACACAGAGGAGGCCUCAGGGCCCAAACCAAACUCCUUCCCUCAGCAGACCACACAGGCCUCAUCCUCAGCCUCAGGGGCCCCCGUCAUGACCAGUGUCCCUUUCAUCACUAAGGACCUACCGGAUGAGGUUGUCCAUGAGAUUCAUGUCACACACCAACACACGUCUGUGGUGUCUGAGAAAUACGCCAAUCAACCUCAACCUACAGGAGUCAGGACCAACCUGGACUUUCAACAGUAUGUCUUCAUCAACCAAAUAUGUUACCACGUUGCCUUGCCCUGGUACUCCAAGUACUUUCCAUACCUCACCCUCAUCCACACCCUUGUCCUCAUGGUCAGUAGCAACUUCUGGUUCAAGUACCCCAAAACCAGCUCAAAGAUCGAACAUUUUGUUUCCAUUCUGGGCAGAUGUUUUGAGUCUCCCUGGACGACGAAGGCUUUGUCUGAAACAGCAUGUGAGGACUCAGAGGAGAACAAACAGAGGUUAACUGGGACUUCCUCUGCACCAAAGCAGGUUUCUUUAGAGGGAAAAGAUGACGGUACAAAUGCAAACUCAACCACACCCAUGCUCGGGGUGAAGUUCUCUGCUGAUAAGCCCAUGGCAGAGGUCCCCAGUAGCAUGACAAUCCUAGACAAGAAAGAUGGUGAGCAGGCCAAAGCGCUCUUUGAGAAAGUCAGAAAAUUCAGAGCUCACGUGGAAGACAGUGAUUUUAUCUACAAGCUUUAUGUAGCACAGACCGUUGUCAAAACAGUCAAGUUUAUUCUGAUACUGUCCUACACGUCAACCUUUUUGGCUAAAAUCAAUUUUAAGCAUGACUGUGAACCAGACAUUAAACAGCUGACAGGGUAUAGAAAAUUCUUCUGUACACACAACAUGGCGUUCAUGCUAAACAAGCUGCUCAUUAGCUACAUGGCACUGAUUCUGAUCUAUGGCAUGGCCUGCUUGUACUCCCUCUUCUGGGUGUUUCGGAGACCCUUGAAAGAGUACUCAUUUGAGAAAGUCAGAGAGGAGAGCAGCUUCAGUGACAUUCCUGAUGUCAAAAACGACUUUGCAUUCCUCUUACACAUGGUUGACCAGUAUGACCAACUCUACUCCAAACGCUUUGGUGUCUUCUUGUCAGAGGUGAGUGAAAACAAACUGAGGGAGAUCAGCCUCAAUCAUGAGUGGACAUUUGAAAAACUGAGGCAGCUGGUGACCCGGAACACGCAGGACCAACAAGAGCUGCACCUUUUUAUGCUCUCUGGCCUCCCCAAUGCUGUGUUUGAUCUCACUGACUUGGAAGUGCUGAAACUGGAGCUGAUCCCAGAGGUGAGAUUUUCUGCUAAAGUCUCUCAGAUGACCAGCUUGCAGGAGCUGCAUCUCUGUCACUGCCCGGCCAAAGUAGAGCAGACAGGUUUCGCUUUCCUGCGCGAUCAUCUCCGCUGCCUUCAUGUCAAGUUCACAGAUGUUGCAGAGAUUCCAACAUGGGUGUACUUACUGAGGAGUUUGAGGGAGCUGAACUUGAUUGGUAACCUGAGCUCAGAAAACAACAAAAUGAUCGGGCUGGAGUCCAUGCGGGAUUUGAGGCACUUAAAGACACUGUGUUUGAAGAGCAACCUGACAAAAAUGCCCACAAAUAUCACCGAGCUUUCACCACAUCUGAUAAAGCUGGUGGUGCACAACGAUGGUACGAAACUGCUUGUAUUAAACAGUCUGAAAAAAAUGACGAGUCUCAUCGAACUGGAGCUGCACACCUGUGAACUGGAGAGGAUUCCCCACGCCAUUUUCAGCUUGACCAACCUACAGGAGCUCGACCUGAAGUCCAACAACAUCCGAACCAUCGAGGAGAUCAUCAGCUUUCAGCACCUGAAGAGACUGACGUGCCUGAAGCUGUGGCACAACAAAAUUAUCACCAUCCCUUCAUCUAUUGGACAGAUCAAGUCUCUAGAGGCUCUGCACCUCUCUCAUAACAAACUCGAGUCCCUUCCUCCAGCUCUGUUCACACUGCCCAAGCUGCGGCAUCUAGACGUGGGCCACAACUCCAUCACAAUCCUCCCUCCUGAUGUGGGGCUCCUGCACAACCUGCAGCACUUAGCCAUCAACUCCAACAAGCUGGAAGUUCUGCCCAAACCUCUGUUUAGAUGCAACAAGCUAAAGGUGUUAUGUCUGGGGAACAAUGCGCUCACCGUGCUGCCAGAGGGGGUGGGUCAGCUGGUGCAGCUCGCUCAGCUGGAGCUCAGAGGAAACUGUCUGGACAGACUGCCUGCCCAGCUGGGAAACUGCCGAAUGCUGCGUAGGAGUGGCCUGGUUGUGGAGGACCAUCUCUUUGAUGCACUGCCUGUGGAAGUGAAGGAGAUUAUCAGCCAAGAGACCACCACGCCCUUUUCCAGUGGCUUAUAGCACAGAAAUCAUGACCCAGUCAGGCUGGCACCACUGGUGGUUCAUGACAAGUCUGAAUAACGGAUGUAAGAGUUGAUUUUUUAUUAUUAUAAUAUCUUUGAAAAUGAAUGCAUUUCAGAUUUUUUCUCUAAUACUGGUACUGGCCCAUGUAUUGCCUCUGAAUUAGUAUUGGACAUCAGCAAUUACGCCAGCCAUUGCACUGAUCCAGUUAGCCUCUGAAAGGCAAAUCAAGGUAAAUACUGAUGUGACAAUAAAAAAAACAACAGACCUGUGCUAGCUGAGGGUAAUAUAAUCAGUGCUAGCAAAAUAUCAGCAAUCAGUGUUUUCCCAACAAUAUUAUGUGUAUUUUUUUAAUCUCUUGUAUCAGAGAGGUACUUCAUACUGACCAAUACGCAUGUCCAGGUAUCAGAAUCGGUAUUGGCAAGGAAAAAUGUAUCAGAUCAUCUCUUGUUUAACUGAUUAUUUUAGUGGGAUGUCAUAGAUGCUUAUGAAUAAAUAGGUACAGAAUGCUUUUCUUAAAGAUUUUAUUUGACAUGUAGCGAACAGUUUUUUAAACAGUUUUCAGUGAUAAAACCGUAGGAAUUUAGCAGUAAAACUAUAGACCAAAACUGUUUCCUCUAAUAACACAGUAUGUAGAUUUCUCAUUCUUGUUUAGGUACUCAGGUAUAAGUGUAACCAUGGGGAACAAUCUUUUUUGCCUUAACUGCUGCUAUUUUUUUACAGUGAGGGCUUUCACAUAUAAAAAGCCAAAAAUAAGUACUUUAUGUUUUCAGGUCAGUUUUCCAUACAGACACGAUCCAUGCAGCACUGUCUAUACGUUAUAGUAGACAUCACAAUGCAAACACUUCCUUCUUGGUAGAUUUCACUAUCUCUCUUGAAAUAAUGUAACCUUUAAUUUUCCUCAGAGACUCGUAGCUGACAGAAUGAGUUCAGAGUUGUAAAGCUCAGGUGGAGACUAAGCACCAGAAAUUAACCUUUAUCUUCUUGUUUCAGAGAUUGUAUACUAAGGCCUAUAGUACUUCAUUUGCACACACAAAUAACAUAAUGAAUUGGAGAUUGUUGAAUGUCCUUGAUGAUAACAUGUCCUAGUAACAACGUGAGCUGACAAAGAAAGGGAAAUCUGUUGACUGACUUUUUUUCGUUCAUCAUGCUUUAAAGAUGUGUAACAGAGCAGCUCGUAGGUAGGACUGAUUACUUACACAUGUCAGAAUUGUGUGAUCACAACAAACAUGUCUGCCUUGCUUCUUUUCAAUGUAUUUCUGUGUAGGUCUAUAUACAGUGAGUGUUCCCGAGAGCUGCUGUAACACCUCUGUGUUCCUAUGCUCAAAGUCCACUGCUUUAUGGCACAAUAAAAAAGAUUUUAGAUGAA